GAACCAUUGACGAAUAGAUUCUUUUAUACAGUCGAGGUAUUUUAACGUAGAACUGACACACUCACUUCCGGUUGCCCAGUGCCUCACGGUAUUUUGUUUCUCCAAUUAUUAUUUAUUGCUACCCGCAUUUCUGACCUGCCGUCAUGACCCUGUUUCAUUUUGGGAAUUGCUUUGCUCUGGCGUAUUUCCCUUAUUUUAUAACAUACAAGUGCAGUGGUCUUUCUGAAUACAAUGCUUUCUGGAGGUGUGUCCAGGCUGGAGCGACUUACCUGUUUGUCCAGCUCUGCAAAAUGUUGUUCCUUGCGACCUUUUUUCCUACAUGGGAAGGAGGAGCUGGAGUUUAUGACUUUGUAGGGGAAUUCAUGAAAUCAACAGUGGAUCUUGCAGACCUAUUGGGCCUCCAUCUUGUCAUGUCACGUAAUGCGGGCAAAGGAGAAUACAAAAUCAUGGUGGCUGCAAUGGGCUGGGCAACAGCAGAACUUGUAAUGUCAAGAUGUCUUCCUCUCUGGGUUGGGGCCAGAGGGAUUGAGUUUGACUGGAAAUAUAUCCAGAUGAGCUUUGACUCCAAUAUUAGUUUGGUCCAUUAUAUUGCGAUGGCAGCAGUAGUCUGGAUGUUUACACGCUAUGACCUUCCCAAGAGCUUCAGGCUCCCUGUGACUGUGCUGCUGGCACUCUGUGUCUACAAGUCAUUCUUAAUGGAGUUGUUCAUCCAAGCCUUCCAUCUGGGCAGCUGGACCGUGUUGUUGGUGAAAGCUAUGCUGACUGGUGCCAUCUCGCUCUGCUCACUUUUUCUCUUUGUCACACUGGUGCACAGUAACUAAGUCCAAGAAAACCUGUAUUGACAGGUCUUACAUGUAAACCACCAAUUUGUAAUCAAACCAAUUCAAUCCUGCCCCUCCACCCCCCCCCCUUUUUUUUUUUUUUUACCCACCUCCCCAUUGCUGAUUUGGUGAACCUGCAAUGGGGGCUUAUUCUUAUGUUCUAGAUGCAAUUGACAUCAGAAUCCCAUCUUUAUUAUGUCGACUGAAACGCUUGAGGUUUUGUGAAAGGGUGAAUUUUGUAUUCUGGUCACAUAUUAAGCCAUCAUGAGUAACAUUUAUGUUCUGCCUUUUUAUAUAAUAGAUUAACAUUACAUUUUGAUCAUGUAUGUUUGGAAAAUGGAUGGAUUUUCUAUGUGGGCACUAAAAAUGUAAUCUUAUUUAUAUACAAUAUUUUUUAGAAAUGGAGGUCAUGAUCUAUGAAUUGAAAAUAAUCCUCGAGCAACCUAUUUAUUUUUGAUCAAUGUUCAAAGCAUUUUUUGUGUAUAUGAUCAAUACACUCAAAAUGUUGUAAAUUUAGGAGAGCCAUUACCUGAUAAUUUAGCUAAAAAUACUACAGGACAAAUUCAAACCUGUAACCCAUAAUGUAAAAAAUGUCUUUGUAUGGGGAGAAACUACAUGGAAUACAGUUUUUAGAAAAAAAAAUAAUUAAUGUUCUUCCUCAAUUCUGGAUUAAAGACACAAUCUUUCCCUUGGCAUGGCUACUUACACCUAAAGUCUUUUUGGCUAGUUGGAGGAUUUCCCAAGAUGACGUUCCUACAAAAAAUGAAUAAAGAUUAACUUGUUUUCAUUG